CCGUCUCCAGGCUGGAGAACGAGGGACGCUCGGGGGUGUAAAUGGAGAGACACUGGCAAAUCAAUACGGCAAUGCCCGCCGGUAAGCAAGCAGUCGGGGCUCAUAGUUCGCGAGGAACGCGUCGAAAGUCCACGCGCACGCUUAGUUCAUCAGCAACACUCGCCAGACCAGUCCAUUGCACUCUUCGCCGUCAUCAUCAUCGACGUGGUUUCGCCGAGACGUCGGUUCCGCGCGUCGUCCUGUUCCCCCCGGGACGUCUCAGUUUCACGAAGCGAAGUGCGCCAAGAAGGCGGGUGGUAUCCUCGCGCCUCUCCGAUGCCAGCGGUUCUCCUCGGGUAACUGACCUUGUGCAACAGCGCGUACGUUCGGCUCCCGGACCAAGAAGCCAGUUACUUCGCGUCACGAGGAAAUCUCUCUCUCUCCCUCUCGCAAGCCAGACCCCUCCGCAGACCGGGAGACUCCUCGUUGGCCUUCUCCGCUUUCUAAACUAGAGGAACACACGAAUCCUCGGCCAUACGUUCCGUCGAUUCCGCACUCUCGACGUGGAAUAUCGCAUACAUAUAUAUACAAGGUCAGACAAGCCGACGGGAGGAGAUUAAGCCGCCCCGCGAGAGACCCUUGAGAGCCACCAAUCGUUAUCACCGUCGCUAACAAGGUGGUCCAAUCCUUACCCGGUACCACGAUCGAGCUAAUAGGCACCCGCAAGGCCGCCAGGCUACUACAACGUCUGGUAGGCGUGAGUGAUUGGUCCUUCCGCACGGAUUUACCGAAACAUCCCCAAAACGGCAACCCGUCGUCGUCGUGGUGUUGCCGGGGCCCCGCCGUUAGCCGCGAGAGAUCGCGAGAAGGGAGUUUGGGGGUAUCGGCGGGAGGAUCGGCCUACUUGUACGGAACCGGUUCUCGCUCCUGGUACGCCGCUUGCUGGCGGCCCGGUGAGAUGGAAGAGAAGUCCUCUGCCCGAUUUUCCGAAUACCUGUUCGCCAAGAUGGGCGGGCAGGACGUCUCGGCCUCUCAGGGUCCCCGCAAGGUGACCGCCGACACCAGAAAGUGGAUGCGGGAGAAUCUCCUGCUCAUGGUUACUCUAUCCGGCGUGCUCUUCGGUGUAAUCCUCGGGUUCGGCCUGCGUCCCCUGGAUCUCGGAGCCGACGCGGUGAUGCUGAUCAGCUACCCGGGAGAGCUGUUUAUGAGGUUAUUGAAACUGAUGAUCUUACCUCUGGUAAUCGCCAGCCUUAUAUCGGGUUCAGCGAGUCUGAAUGCCAGGAUGAACGGGAUGAUCGCCGUUCGUACUCUGGUGUACUUCAUACUGACGUCCUUGCUCAACGCUGUCCUUGGGGUAGCCUUAGUCCUCGUUAUUCAUCCCGGUAAUCCUGGCAUCAGGGAAUCGAUCGGCACGUCGCAUCACGCGAGGGCCGUUAACAUACUCGACAGCCUACUCGAUCUGGGAAGAAACAUGUUCCCGGACAAUCUGUUUCAAGCGGCUUUCCAACAGGCACACACAGUAUACGUCCCGAAGAAGCAACCGUUCCAAAACGUCACCGACCGGCUGCCGAGUGAAGUUCUGGGAGACGAGGAGCUGAUAAGAGUGAUACAGUACAGAAGUGGCACAAACACUCUAGGCAUAGUUUUCUUCUGCCUGGUCUUCGGCACGUUUCUGGGAACGUUAGGCGAGAAAGGUCAGGUCGUGAUAGACUUCUUCAAGGCUGUGUUCGAAGUAAUCAUGCGAAUGGUCUCGACGGUCAUGUGGAUGACACCGGUGGGCAUCACCUCCGUGAUAGCGGGCAAAAUACUCGGCGUGGACGACCUGGUACUGGUGAUGUCGCAGCUGGCGUGGUUCAUCGUCACGAUCGCGAUCGGUGUCUUUCUCUAUCAGCUGGUGAUCAUGCAACUGAUAUAUAUGGCCUUCGUUAGAAAGAACCCCUUUAAAUUCUACGCCGGCCUGGCCCAGGGUACCCUCACCGCCUUCGCCAUGGCAUCAACGGCUGCCGCGCUUCCUGUGACUUUUCGUCUGAUGACCGAGAAGCUCAAAGUCGACCCUAGAGUCACCAGAUUCGUCCUGCCGAUCGGUUGCAAUAUUAACAUGGACGGUACCGCGCUCUUCGUCGCAGUCGCUAGCAUAUUCAUCGCCCAAAUGAACGGCAUCUUCCUGGGCUUCGGGGAGAUCAUCACCGUCAUUCUGACGUCCACCGCUGCUUCCGUAUCAUCGGCCUCGGUACCUAGCGCUGCACUCGUCCUGCUGUUGGUCGUCCUAAGCGCCAUAGAUGCUCCCGUUAACGACGUAUCCCUCUUGUUCGCCAUCGAUUGGUUCGUAGAUCGGAUAAGAACCACCAACAAUAUGCUGGGAGACUGUUACGCCGCUGCUGUGGUCGAGCAACUGUCCAGACAAGAAUUAAUGGCGUUGGACGCAGCAGCCUAUCAAUCAGAGACGGUGCUGCCAACCACCAUCGCCAAUGGAUGCAUUUCCGCCAACAGGGUACCUGAUCCUGACACCGUCGUUGUCGAGAUGCAGGACGACGCACGGAUAACAGGGAUCGCCAAGUAAACACACUUGUUGCCUCGGAGCGUUGCACAUGUCGCGGAGCGUGACGGAGGAGACCGUUUGACUAGUGGUUAGCCUCGCAGAAUAGUUCAACCACCGUGAAGUCCCAUCAACGAUGAAAUAAUCUCGACUCUGCGAGCCACUCGAGCGCAUUGAACGAUGGAACAACGGCCUGUUCAUCGAGGAUCAAAAAAGGGUACAUAGGUUGCGUCAACGGCGCGUUUAGUUCCUCUGCUUCUCCUCGUUCUGAUAAUUUCCGAAGUUGGUAUGGAUCUUCCGCGAAGGAGUUCUAUAGUUCGAAAACCAAGAGAAAGAGAGAGAGAGAGAGAGAGAGAACUCUCAAGAUCGCCAGAGUGCGACACGAAGAAAUCCAAAGUCAAUAAAUGAAGAACGCGUUAUGCACGUGGAAUGCAAAUACAGCAAUAAGAAACGAUAUACGUACUUUAAAAGCUCCGGGCGAGACUUCCACAAGCUCGAGAGAAGGGUGCUUUUUCAUGGAGGACACGCGGUGAUCAUUUCGCUGCCGCGCGUCGUUAACUACGCUCGACGUUGUCGAAAUGUAAUUUGAAGAGUCGAGGCACGAGUCGUCCAACGACCCGCAGGAAAAAUUACACAGACUGAAAUUGAAGGGAUGCUAAUUCGACCAGGCCGACUCGAACGUUAAAUAGACGAUAGAUGAUCGUAGGACGAAGUCUCACAAAGUAGCAAAAAGGAAAAAGAAAACCACCGUGAUCACCGAUUCGAUCGCGCUCCGGUAAGAAUCAGUGAUCGUUUCUACGAUCGAUCGCGUAAACAGCGUCGAAUGUGGUGCCUUAUUUCAAUGCGCCAAUCACAGGACAGGCGCGAUGAAAGUAAAGAUUUUCUUAAGUUCGUUUUUCGGGUACACCCUCGUGCGCCGGGGUGCGUCAAUGUGUGUGUGUCGGCGCUGAUUCCAAUUACUGGCGCUUUUUCGAUGUAUUUAGAAACGUCCUAGGUCCCCCGCACAUCGUGGAUCGAGCACACGACUGUUUUCAGUGACGCGACGGAUACCAGUUUCUACCGAUGACAAAUUUUUUACGACACGGCCGGGUUGGUAAAAGAACUCGAUGUGAUAACACUGUUAGAUAGCUGCGUGCGUAUCUACAUAUCUAGAAGACACGACGCGAGUACAUUCGAUUACAUCCUCGUACGUAUUAAUGUAACACUGUAUUUAGAUUACACACGACCAAAGACCACUCGUACUUCGUAUCGCGUAUCGCCGUCACUGAUCGCAAUCCAAGUCGAGGGAGGGAAAUUGAGACACGACUCACGCGUCGACAAUGCACGUUUCUGCGGGGAUCAAUGUUAACCACACGCGAAAAAUACGGUAAGAAAAGAAGAAGAAGAAGAAGACUUACGAGCGGACGCGGGACUUGAAAUAGUUUUUAAAAGUCAUAUCGAGAAACUAUGUAUAACUAUCGGACCAUUAUAUGGGCAGAAACUGAACUGCGUAGAGAAACUUUUACGUGCCCCGCUUUUGAAAGACACGUGUGUUUGUUGACGAAAGGGCGCUCGUCGAGACGGAAGCCUGGAAUCCUGAUUCUGUCCCCAACGUGUCAAAAUCGACCCGAAGAGACUGCGUUCUCCACGCCCGUUUAAUAAGAAAUUUUAAUAAGACAUUUUCAUAAGAAUAUUGAAGAAGAGAUUUUCCUUUAGAAAUUGUACGGGAAGCGCGUUUUCGAAAUUACCGAUAAUGUUCGUGUUUUCGUCGACGAAAGGGCGAGGGUGAGAGACUCUGUCUCGUCGCGCCUUUUCGACUAAUAUUCCCUGCCGUAGAGUAAUAUACCUUCCAGUAUAAUGUUGUCCACUCAAGUAGCUUAGAACAAGACAAAAUCUGUGUUUCGAUCGUAUGCGAGAGGCCAUACGUAUCCGAUCUACGAAGAGAAUGAGAAAUAAAAAAUAAGCGCGACUCGUCGUCGAGCGGCAACAAGACUGGACACACAAUAUAAUAAUAUCGUUUUGCUAGACAUAACGUAAUUGGUAAACGAUCCUCCUAUUAAAGGUUUCGCUGAUUCUAGGCACUAGGUAGGUAGGUCGAUACGUGUUACAUCGUAGAGACUGUUUAAAUGUACAAACUAUUCGAGUACAUAGCAUUAUUAGCGUUCGUUGUAACGAUUAAUGUUCAUUCAUCAGUAUGGGUUCUGACACGUUGUUCAAAUUUUCUCUGUUAAUUUGUUCGGAAGAAUAUGUUCGCGAGAAAGACAAGUUUCUGUUGUUAAGAGGGAAACAAAGAGGGAAGCGAAUGGAAAAAUAUUUUACGCUAGCGUAAGAAUUAUUCAAUGCAAUUGCUGUUAAGGAUACGUUCCAGUAAACGUAAACUUAAGGACUAGAUUUCGUAAACGCAUGGAUGGCAUUUAUAUUUGAAACAUCGAAGUGAGACACUUGACGACUAAAGCAAUGCAAAAAAUAGGAACUAAUAGUUGAGAGAACAUUUAGUUGAUACUUGUAAGAACAGAAGGACAAUUACAAUUAAUUAACGAUGGAUACUCUUCAUUCAAUUUUACUUAUGUAAACACACACACACACACACACACACAUACACACAUAAAUUAUACUUCUUUUUUAUUAUCAUAGAUUUUCGAUUUUGUUUGGAAUACCCUGCCAUUCUUUCGAGUGAUAUAUCGGGUGCUCCCGUUUUCACUCGGCACGUUUCACCCCCGAACGUUAAGAAAGUGAGAUAUUGACUGCACCGGUUGCGGGGGUAAAACGAGCGGAGGAGAGAAGGGAUAAACUUAUCAAAAUAAUCCGAUGAAUACGUGUUAAUAUACUUAUAAGGCUCAACGUGUUGUAUAACAAGAUGCAAGUUUAUACGUGGAAAUAUCUCGCCUUUUUCAUUAAAUCCCUGUCACUUCCUAAUUCCUUACCGGAUGAGGCAUUGCAGACCGCCGCAGAUGUGUGUGUGUGUGAAGACCGUUGAUUAAAUUAAUUCAUAAAUUAAUACCACAAGUGAGAAGGAGGGUCGGGAUGGCCUAGAGAGAAAACUAAAAAUAUCCUAGAAAAUUCAUUUAUUUCAAGCCCACGUCGCGGAGGGCCCUCAGCUCGGGAAUCUUUGUACAGAGAGCGAUUUAUACAAAAUAUGAGACAUACAUUUAUAUAUA